GUAGUUUGGACUGCGGAAGUGCUCAGACGAGUCUCUGUGAAACGGUUUGUUUAAAUUAUUUUAAUGUGAUUUAUCUUGAUCCUGCUCUGCGGGUUAUUCCUCUGGGAGCCUCGUGUCACAGCCACUGUAGGUUGACGGGUCAUGAUGGCAGAUCUCGCAUUCUUCAGCAUGCAGCCUGAGGAACGAGUCCGUUUACUGACCAAGAAGGGAAGCACGGUGGAAGUUAACGAUGACGUUCCCCUGCGCCGCUACUUCCGCUCAGGCAUGGAGAUGGUCCGUAUGGCUCACAUCUACACAGAGGAGGGCAACAUUGAGCAUGCCUUCCUCCUUUACAAUAGAUAUAUCACACUCUUUAUCGAAAAACUUCCCAAGCAUCGUGAUUAUAAGACCGCUAACGUCCCGGAAAAGAAGGACACACUAAAGAAACUGAAGGAUGUUGCAUUUCCUCAAGCAGAAAUUCUGAAGAAAGCUCUUUUAAAGAGAUUCGAACAGGAAUAUGCACAAUAUCUUGCCAAGAAGAAAGCAGAGGAGGAGGUGAUGGUGCAGGAGCAGUCCAAGCAGCGUGCCCUGGACGCCGAGCGGGAGCGUGUGGCUCAGAUGCAGAGGCGGCAGCGGGAGCAGGAGCAAUUCAGUGCCUUUGAGGAGAUGAUCCGCCGGCAGGAACUUGAGAAGGAACGUCAGCGUGUGCUCCAGGAGUUUGCAGCACCCACUGGGCCCUCCCUUGACAUGCCCCUCCUUCCAGGCAUCCAAGGUCCACCACCAGUCUCCCCUACUCCCCCACAGAGCCUGGGGGACUUGUCAAGUGGCACCAACCAGUACAAUCACCCUCACUCAACCAUCGGUGCACCUUCCACCGGUCCGCCCAGCUUUGACCGCUCACUCAAACCUGGGUCUAUGGUCAGCCCAGGAAAUAAUAAUACUAUGGAGGAUGCCCUUCGGCAGUUGGCCAUUCCCGCUGAGCUGUGCCGGGGCUUUCUGAAGUUGGCUGAAGCCAAUACAAGCCGAGCUGUAGAAACUUGUGGCAUCCUGUGUGGCAAACUGACCAGAAAUGCGUUUACUGUGACCCACGUCAUCGUACCAAAGCAGUCCGGCGGACCAGACUAUUGUGACACAGAAAAUGAGGAGGAACUGUUUCUCAUACAGGACCAGUAUGAUCUCAUCACCUUGGGCUGGAUACAUACUCACCCCACACAGACUGCCUUCUUGUCCAGUGUCGACCUACACACACACUGCUCCUACCAGAUGAUGCUGCCAGAGGCCAUUGCUAUUGUCUGUUCGCCCAAGUUCAAUGAAAUCGGUUACUUCAGGUUGACAGACCGAGGAACAGAGGAGAUAUCCACAUGUAAACAGAAAGGCUUUCACCCGCACAGCAAAGACCCCCCUCUGUUUACGCACGCUGGACAUGUCACCAUCACGAAUGACAGCGUUUCUGUGAUGGAUUUGCGGUGAUUUUUCUUUUUUCACCUGAACACUCAAAGACUGUUUUAUCGAACUGCAGACUGGAGAAAACACUUGGGAUGGUACUGAGCGAAUACCUUGCAAAAGUUUGCCAUCUAUAUGGACUUCAGUUGUUCUCAAAGGGAACAACAUUGUGACAACAUUUUUUUUUUUGCUCUAUAAGAAAAAUUCUACAUAUUACUGCACUUUUUGAGGAAAACAACUAUCCAGCGGCAAACCUCUGGCUCUUCAACCCUUUUUGUUUUUUGUGAAGAUAUGCUAUAUUCUUUCCCUGUUCCACUUUUGUUCAUGUCAUCAAUAAACAAACUAUGUGUGUCAGUAACAUGUAAGUGUCUAGUAACCCAACCUUUUGUUUUAAUUUUAUUUUCCAAAGUUUGGAUGUGCCUGAUGGACAAAGUGCCAAGGAUGAAAACAUUCUCUUGUUCACUGUGCAACAUGAAGUUCACUGUAAAGUCUAUAGUUUGUAAUCAAGCCUCUGUUGAAGUGAUGAGAGAAAUGAAAGCCAGUUGUAACUCAGGUAUGUUGGCAGUGUUUAAAUUGCUGCUCUGUAUUAUAUUUUUAUACACAUACACCAUCUUUCCACAGAAUCCUUUUAUCUAUAAAGUUUGUUUUUUGAUUUUUUUUUAAGUUUAGUUCCUGCGAAUGAUGGAUCCACCUUCUACUUGUUUUUAUUUUCUUGUUUUAGUGUUUGGGAGAAGAAAGCAAUUUGGUAGUUUCUGUAAAAUGUUGUCCCUGCCGCAGAGGACACGUGCAACCUAAGUGUACCUGCUACAUAUUAUUACACAUUACUGAUCAUCUGGCCAUGGUCCAUGCCUCUAUAUGUGUUUUUGUUUGCUUGCUUCUCUUGUAUGAAGAAGUAAAUGAUUAGCUAUAAUUCUAAAAAAGAAAAUAACCAUGAUGAAAUAAAUGCCAAGUUAAAAUAAA